GGGUAGAGGGGACCGGAAGUUGUUUUUUCGCCCCCCGCCCAGGGGCCGGCCGGGUGUCUGCGGGUUCGGUUCGGUUCCCGCCCUUGUCAGAGUCUCUCCUGGGCCGGCCCGGGGUGGGCUCACUGCAGAGCCCGCCUUCGGGAGACUGAGUCGAUUCCCUGGUCUCCUAGCAACACGGGCCGGGCCGCAGACCGUCGGGGCGGCGAGGCGGCCCGCAUAGCUCGGGCCGGAGCCGAAGGGAAGCCGAAAACCAGAGCUUAAGAAUAAGCAGGAAAUGGCGGACGAGGCGUUGUUUUUGCUUCUCCAUAACGAGAUGGUGUCAGGCGUGUACAAGUCCGCGGAGCAGGGGGAGGUGGAAAAUGGACGCUGUAUUACUAAGCUGGAAAACAUGGGGUUUCGAGUGGGACAAGGAUUGAUAGAAAGGUUUACAAAAGAUACCGCGAGGUUCAAGGAUGAGUUAGAUAUUAUGAAGUUCAUUUGUAAAGAUUUCUGGACUACAGUAUUCAAGAAACAAAUCGACAAUCUCAGGACAAAUCAUCAGGGCAUCUAUGUACUUCAGGACAACAAAUUCCGUCUGCUUACUCAGAUGUCUGCAGGAAAACAGUACUUAGAACAUGCAUCUAAGUAUUUAGCAUUUACAUGUGGCUUAAUCAGAGGUGGCUUAUCAAACUUGGGGAUUAAAAGUAUUGUAACAGCUGAGGUGUCUUCAAUGCCUGCCUGUAAAUUUCAGGUGAUGAUACAGAAGUCAUAGAACAUACUGAAAUGCAAUGCUUCAACAGUGUAAAGAGUUAAAUUAUUCAUGUAUAAAGUAUUUCAAGUAGCAAUGAUUUAAUUAAAAUUGUUGGACAUUUGUGUUGAUA